UGCGGGUGGGCAAGUGUGGAUUGGUCUGGCAAUGGAAGGGACUGUGACGUAUUUGCUGCUGUUCUCUGCCCUGCGCCUGGCUGGCUGCGAAGGCAACAAGAGUGAGCUGGCAAGCCCUCACAGCUCGACAGGAAGGUUUGCCCUGCGUGCCAAGAGGAGCUCAGACGCCUGCAUGCCCAACCCAUGCCAGCACCAUGGGGGCUGCCAGGUGAUAGAGGACAGACCCAUCUGCAGCUGCAAACCUGGCUUCACAGGGGCGUUCUGCCAAGAUGUGGUCCUGAAGUUGGCCUGUGAGGAAGAGCACAUGAAGAUGAUGGUGAGGAAGGAGGUGUUUGAACUGCUGAAAAUCCCCCGGGAACUUGUCCACUUGAAGAACCAGGCAUGCAAGGUUUCAGAAAGAGAAGAGGAGGGUGAGCUGUUUUUUGCAGCCACUCUCACAGGUGAAAACCACACUGCCUGUGGAUCAAUAAUUCAGCAAAACAGCUCCCAUGUGUCAUACUCCAACAUCAUUGAGACAGCGAGGGAAGCACACAGGGGUGUGAUCUCCAGGAGCUUUCAGCUGGAGGUGCAUUUUUCCUGCGUCUAUGCCUAUGAGCAGGUGGUGAAGGUGCCAUUUGCCCUCAUCCCUGUCGACAAGCUGGUGCAGUUCAUGGUCAGAGAAGGGCACUUCAACGUCAGCAUGAGGCUGUACAAGACCGCAUCCUACGUGGAGCCCUACCGGCUGCCGACUGCGGCCGUGCCCAUCACUGACACGCUGUAUGCCAUGCUGAAGAUAGAAGGGCAGCACCAGCUCCGGUACUUCCUGCUGAGUGUGGAGGACUGCUGGGCCACGCCGAGCUCAGACCCCUACCAGGAUGUGCGACAUGAGCUCAUUGAGCAGGGGUGUCCCCAUGAUGAGACAGUGACAUACUUGAAUGCCAUUGGAGAGAGCACCACAGCCAAGUUCAGCUUCCAGAUGUUUCAGUUUGUCGGGUACCCCAAGGUGUUCCUGCACUGCCGUGUCCGGCUGUGUCUCCCUGACGGCCCUGAGCCCUGUGCCAAGCAAUGUCCCACUCUCUGGAGGAGCAAGCGGGAGCUGGCAGAUGACUACAAUAAAAUUGUCUCCUAUGGACCCAUCCACCUGCUGGCUGCUCCUUCCCUGGGAGCGGAGAGCCAUCAUCCCAGGGCUGACCAAAAGGAGCUGAAGGGACCCAGCCUGUGGCUCCCUGGGAUCUUCAUCCUACUGUGUGUUCUUGGUGUGCUCACUGUGGCUGCUGCAGCUGUCAGUGUGAGAAGAUGCACGGUGUAG